AUGCCGGCCUUUGCCGUGCGGCCCCACCCGGGCCCUGGGCCGCCUCUCGCCUCGCCCUUCCCGCUGCUGCUGCUGCUGGCGGUGCUGAGCGGCCCGGUGUCCGGCCACGUUCCCCGUUCGGUGCCCAGGACCUCCCUUCCCAUCUCCGAGGCUGACUCCUACCUCACCCGGUUUGCUGUCCCUCAGACAUACAAUUACUCUGUUCUCCUUGUGGAUCCUGCUUCCCACACUCUUUAUGUUGGCGCCCGGGACACCAUCUUCGCUUUAUCUCUGCCUUUCUCUGGGGAGAGCUCCCGCAGGAUUGACUGGAUGGUGCCUGAGGCGCACAGACAGAACUGUAGGAAGAAAGGCAAGAAGGAGGAUGUGUCCAGUUUCCGGCAGGUUGAAAGACUUGAGAGUGGCCGGGGGAAAUGUCCUUUUGAGCCAGCUCAGCGGUCAGCAGCUGUAAUGGCUGGGGGGGUCCUCUAUGCUGCCACUGUGAAAAACUACCUGGGGACGGAACCAAUUAUCUCCCGGGCUGUGGGUCGCGCUGAGGACUGGAUUCGGACAGAGACCUUGCCGUCCUGGCUUAACGCCCCAGCCUUUGUCGCAGCCAUGGCCUUGAGCCCAGCCGAGUGGGGGGAUGAAGAUGGAGACGACGAAAUCUACUUCUUCUUUACGGAGUCUUCCCGGGCGUUUGACUCAUACGAGCGCAUUAAGGUCCCGCGGGUGGCCCGCGUGUGUGCGGGGGACCUUGGGGGUCGGAAGACCCUCCAACAGAGGUGGACAACGUUUCUCAAGGCUGACCUGCUGUGUCCAGGGUCUGAGCAUGGCCGGGCUUCCAGUGUCUUGCAGGACAUGGCCAUCCUUCGACCUGAGCAUGGAGCAAGGACCCCCACCUUUUAUGGCAUCUUUUCCUCCCAGUGGGAGGGAGCUGCCAUCUCUGCUGUCUGUGCCUUCCGACCACAAGACAUUCGGACAGUGCUGAACGGACCCUUCAGAGAGCUGAAACAUGACUGCAACAGGGGACUGCCUGUCCUGGACAAUGAUGUGCCCCAGCCCAGACCUGGAGAGUGCAUCGCCAACAACAUGAAGCUCCAGCAGUUUGGCUCGUCUCUCUCCCUACCUGACCGUGUACUCACCUUCAUCCGGGACCACCCACUCAUGGACAGGCCAGUGUUUCCAGCUGCUGGCCAUCCGCUGCUGGUCACUACAGAUACAGUCUAUCUCAGAGUUGUGGCCCACAGGGUGACCAGCCUCUCAGGGAAAGACUAUGAUGUGCUCUACCUGGGGACAGAGGAUGGACAUCUCCACCGAGCAGUGCAGAUUGGGGCCCAGCUCAGCGUCCUCGAAGAUCUAGCCUUAUUCUCAGAGCCACAGCCAAUUGAGAACAUGAAAUUGUACCAAGGCUGGCUCCUGGUCGGCUCACGUACUGAAGUGACACAAGUGAACACAACCAACUGUGGCCGUCUCCAGAGCUGCUCAGAGUGCAUCCUGGCCCAAGACCCUGUCUGUGCCUGGAGCUUCCGGCUGGGAGCUUGCGUGCCCCAUACCGGGGAGCAUGGAGGGCUGGUGCAAGGCAUGGAGUCAGCAGACGUCUCUUCUUUGUGUCCCAAGGAGCCUGGAGAACACCCAGUAGUGUUUGAAGUGCCUGUGGCAGCAGCUGCACACGUGGUCUUGCCAUGUUCCCCAAGCUCAGCGUGGGCAUCCUGUGUAUGGCACCAGCCUGGUGGAGGGACGGCAUUCACCCCCCGGCGGGAUGGGCUGGAGGUGGUGGUGACCCCAGGGGCUUUGGGCGCCUACGCCUGUGAAUGUCAGGAGGGUGGGGCAGUGCGAGUAGUAGCCGCUUACAGCUUGGUGUGGGGUAGCCGGCGGGCCCCUCCAAGCCGGGCCCACACAGUGGGGGCUGGGGUGGCUGGCUUCUUCCUGGGGGUUCUUGCAGCAUCCCUGACUCUCCUCUUGGUCGGUCGGCAUCAGCAGCGACGGCGGCAGAGGGAACUCCUGGCACGAGACAAGGUGGGCUUGGACCUGGGGGCCCCAGCGUCUGGGACCACGAGCUACAGCCAGGACCCUCCCUCCCCCUCUCCUGAAGAUGAGCGGCUGCCCCUGGCCCUGGCCAAGAGGGCAAGUGGCUUUGGUGGCUUUCCUCCACCCUUCCUGCUUGAUCCUUGCCCGAGCCCAGCCCACAUUCGGCUAACUGGGGCUCCUCUAGCCACGUGUGAUGAAACAUCCAUCUAGAGCUGGGUAAAUGACCACUAGUGCAUGGUGAUCACUGGAAUGGCAUGACCACAGAAGUGGGGGUUGCUGGACCUGGAAGACCAUAGGGGCCUCUAGUUCUUUUUGAGUCUGAGUGAUCACUUGGACUUCAGUAUCUGCCCUCUCUGGGCUUGGACGGGCUAAUGUCCAAGACAGGCCUUUGCCUCAUUUCCUGAUUCCCAUGAGAGGUCAGAGGUGCUGCUCUGCAGCUAAUCUGGGCUUUUCCCAACCUUGCCUUCUGAACCCCUGUGUCCCCUUCAGCUCUGGCCCCUAUCUUGGGCCCAUUGGUUUUGGGGAUGGGGCACAAGACACAGCUAGGACUUCGGCUUCUGGUUGGGUCCUGGCCAGAAGGAGAAGCCUUGGAGGUGGUUGGGGCUAACGGACUCUGAGUCCUCUGGUGGUUUGCUGAUUAGCCCAGUUUAGCUGACUGUCUGUGUGGGGUGCAUGGUCCCCAUGUUGCAACACGGAAUCUCUGCCCUGAGACCUCCCCAUUCCAGUUCUCCUUCCAUGAAAGAGCAUGUGUAAAUACAUGGCUGUUUACAGGAGGCCUGGGCACGUGUGCAUAAAUGACCGGGCCAGCGCUUAGGCAUAUUUAUGGGGGGUCCGAAAGGGGAAGGUCAUAGCGGGGGCAUUGCCUGCAGAACCUUAGACCCUGUAGCCAGCUUGGGAAUGGCUUUCCUUUCUAAAAGGAAACAAAUGACUGCCCCUCCCCAAAUGACUCCCACAACCCUUCUCUAAAUUUGAAAACCUCUUGAAGUGACCUUCUGGGUGGGAAGCGCAGUGGUACCUGUGACCCCGUCUUUCUCUUUGGUUUUUGCCUCCUGUCUGCCACCACUGCCAUGCCACAGCUGCUUUUCCUCUGGCUAGUCUGGGCUGAACCCCAUUUCCUUGACUCUCAUUAAAAAUAAACUUCACGACAUUCUAAAUAUUCAGGGAAGACAAAAGAAAAACAGUCACAGGAAAUACAAGCAGCACUGAGACAGGUUUGUAUCAGCGACUUUACUCAGGGUAACAUCUUUGCCCUCAAGUAGGAGUGCUCCACCUGGGGUCCAUGGACUCCCUGAAAUUGUAUACAAAAUGUUGUAUGUAAUUGUGUGUAUGUGUUUUUUGGGGGGGAGGUUUUAUGGUUUUCAUGAGAUCCUCAAGGCUCUGACAAGGGCAAGGACCACUGCCUGAGGUCACUGUGCUUUGGCCAUGCCAAGAUGGUGACAUUCUGCAGCAGCUCUUCCUGGCCCCGCUGCCUCUGCCCUGUGGCUGGCCCCUGGACUUAGAGCCGCUGGGUGAUCUCUUGUUUCUGGAGUUCCUGCAAGCUGGGCUCUGUGCAUAUUUGAAGAUAGUGUUCCUGGGUGGUGCGUAUGGUUAAGCAGCCAACUAAUAGCAGAAGUGUUGGCAGUUUGAACCCGCCCAGAGGCACCUCAGAAGACAGGCGUGGCAGUCUGCCUCUGAAUGGUCACAGCCUUGAAAACCCUUUGGAAAAGUUCUAGUCUGUACACAUGGGGUCACUGUGAGUCUGAAUCUACUCAACGGCAACUAGCAACAACGUCAACUCUUACCACACUUGAGGGCCUCUUCCUGGUUCACAACUCCCAGAUGCUCCAGGCUUCUGCUCGGCUCCAGGCUUCUGCUCGGUUCCAGUCUUGGCCUGUGAAUGUGCCUCAUUCAUCCCUGAUGAGGCACCCGUUGGGCUCCAGUGAACAAACCAGCCCUCCCCAGUUGAAGUUUUCAGCUCCACUUCUUGCAGCAGCCUGUGAACUACUCAAAAGAGUCCCCUUUGGUUUGGGAUAAGUGUGUGAUCUUUGGCAGGUAAUCUAACCUAGGAACUUCAGUUUACUCAUCUGUAAAGUGGGGAUAAUAAUACCUACCUCAGGGUUGCUGCAAGGAUUAUAUAAGAAAAUGUGUAAACAAUAAAGUACUAUCUAUACCAAUGUUGUUGUUGUUAG